AAAAGCCAGGGACGUCUCCAUUUUCCCUCUCCUUCUCUCUCCUUCGCCAAUGGAGAAGCGGCUUCGCUCCUCCCUCAAAUCCUCGCCGGAAGAGUUCCUUUCCGCCAUCGCAGACCUCAACCUCAAAUCCUCGAAGGCCACCCUCAAGUCCAUCCUCCACUCUCAGUCCCCGUCUCUCUCCUCGUCGUCGUUCACCCUCGCCCUGCACCGCGCCAUCUCUCAGUCCGUCGCCUCUUUCCAGAACCUCCUCCGCAGUUCCCCGGAUGCGGACCCCGCCGAUUUCGCCUCCCCUCCUUCGAAGCGUCCCCGCCGUUCCUCCAGGCUCUCCGAGCCUCGGGACGGCGGGCCCCCGCCGAGCCUCGAUCGCCGGAGGCAGAAGCUCCUGGAGAGGCUUCGGGUCUUGGCGCACGUGGCACGGCUGUGCGUCUCGGCCGCUCGCGGGGCAUGCUUGGCGGACGAUCUGUUGCCGGCGGUGCGGGCGCUGCACGAUAAUCUGGUUCUCUUCGAGUCGGACUCCGUCUUGUCGGCGGAGAUUGUGGGCUUGUGUGAGGAUUGGUGGAAGGGCGAUCUUCCCGGGAGAGAGAAUUUGAUUUCGCAGUUCCUGCCGUUCCUGGUGUCCAGGUCCCUGACUUUGAAGAAGAAGGUCGACGUGAGUAGGGUUUACACGAUGCGUGAUGCGUUCGGCUUGUUUGAUUUUGAGGAUGACAGCAUCGACGACUUGAAGAUGUUGUUGAUUCGGUGUGUGAUCUCGCCAUUAUAUUUGAAAACCGAGGAAGGGAAGCGAUUUGUGGCAUUCAUGUUUGGGCUGAGCAGGCAGCUUGUGAAGGAAGCUUUGGCUAUGAUUAAAUCGCAGAUUCCGUUCGGAAGGAAGUCGAUUUUGGAGGCAUAUGGGGAUAUACUGUUCAGGGCGUGGAAUGCUGCGCAAGGAGAUUCAAAAGAUGAGAUUGAAAAUGGGUUUUUGCAGGGUUUAAUUGAAGGGGCGAUACACUCGAGUUCCCCAGCACUUGCAACAUCUAUCAGAAGAGUCUUGGGUGGGUUUAUCAAUCAGCGCACUGUUGAUGGCGUUGAGAAGGUCCUUUUCCGUUUGACUGAGCCAGUACUUUUCCGCUCACUACAGGUCGCAAACUCAGAUGUUCGACAGAAUGCACUGCACUUACUGCUGGACGUGUUCCCUUUAGAAGAUCCAGAUGCCACUAAAGAGGUUAAGGACAGCUUUCUUGACAGACAGUUCUAUUUGUUGGAAAGACUGCUCAAGGAUGGUUGUCCCGAUGUAAGAGUUGUUGCAGUAGAAGGUUGUUGCCGCAUCCUUAAUCUGUUCUGGGAAGUUAUUCCUUCAUCUACCAUCACCAAGAUUAUUACAAUGAUUUUCGAUGACAUGGCGUAUGACAACUGCAGUGAAGUUAGGCUUUCCACUAUAAAUGGAGUUGCAUAUUUGCUUGGUAAUGCACAGUCACAUGAGGUUCUUAAAGUGCUACUACCAAGACUUGGGCAUCUGAUUACGGAUGGUACUCUUUCCGUGCGGGUUGCCCUAAUUGAACUUCUCCUCCUCAUUAGAGAUAUUCAAUCUUUCCAGUUUAAUAAGGUGGUAACACUCGAAGCACUGCUGUCCACGCUUGCGACUGAUCAGGCACAAGUUGCUCAAAAGAUCACUAGAUUGCUUUCGCCAUCAUAUUUUCCCUCCAAAGUAACUUUUGAAGAGGCAUGUAAUCGAUGUGUUACACUUAUUAAGAGGUCGCCCAAGGCUGGAGCAAGGUUUUGUGAGUAUGCUGCUCUGGAAGGUGCACCAUUGAAGUGUCUUAUGCACCUUUUCAAAGUGUUUAUUAGUUUUGUCUUGUCAACCGAUAAGCUGAAUGAAGAUCAGAUUGAGGGUUUACUUGACGCUGCAGCUUACAUCUGUAAGCAACUUGUUGGUGAGCCAUCAUACAAGGAUGCCAUCAAGGAAAUGUUUGCAAAUGACAAGCUGAAUUGCUUAUUUGCUGCGGCACCAACUGCGCAUGCUCAAUCUUCUGUUCUCAAUAUCGUCUCUGCCAUCUCUCCAGAUGAUGUUUCAGGGCUCAUUGAAGAAUGUGGGCGCCUAGUCAUGGACUGUAUUGGCAUAUCUGAAAAUGAAGAAAGACAAUCUGAAGUAAGAAGUGCCCAUAAGUUGUUGCUUCUUUAUGAUCAAUGUGAUGAUAUGUUUGAUGCUUUCUCAAAAUUGCUGCAAAAUGCUGCUUUCCAUUGCCAUAAGAAGUUUGGCAUUGAUAUGUCAGAGAAGCAGAGUAUGUCCUCUUCAAAAAGGAGAAAAAACCAGUCAUCACUGAAAACAUUAGCUAAAAAGAGAAGUGUCAGCCAGCAGACACCAUCCAGCUUUGAGGAUGGCUAUUUGGCUGCUGUAGGAGUAGCCUGGCAAAUAAAAGACUUGCUUGGAUGUGAGGACUCUCGGAAGGCUCUGCUGGCUUCUUCAUCUCGUGAACUGAUUCUUAGUACUCUAAAGGUUAUUGCCACAGCCAGCAUUGUGGAGUGUGUGAAUGUUGAAUACAUGAGCAUAUACCCUCUAUUGGCAUAUACAGCCUUGGUGCUGCACAUGGCCUCAGCAGAUCUUAGCCAGAGUAGUUCACAGAGCUCUCAAAACAGGACGUAUAGCACAUCUAACCCUUCAAGAGCAGUGAUAAAGGUUAUGGAUCAGUUGCUAAAUUGUGCGGAGAAGCUGCUCAGAGAUGGUGGCCCUGUUAAUCCUGCCAUGUCGUCCUUAAAGCAUGGACAAAAUUGUCGGAGGAAGGAUUAUUCCUCUGGACAAAAAGAAAAGGAACCAGCAACAGACGCUUCUCAACCAAGUGAUGGCGGUUCUCUACAACCAACAGGAAAAAGGAUAUCCAGAAAGGUGAAGAUGCUAACCGCAAUUUUCAAGUUCAUAAGUGAUGCUGUAACCUUGAGAUUUUAUUCCGACAAUUAUGGGAGAUGCUUACAUUACUCAUCAGCAGCCGUUCGACAGAUUAUCUCAGAUUUAGCGGAACUAUCUAGCCACUCAUUGCAAUUGACAGAGGAUGACAUGAAAGAAAUAACCAUGUGUCUGAAGAGCUCCUUCACUUACAUGGUAAAAUUGCUUAAUCUAGUCCUCACAGACACCAGCGAAGCUUCAAGAAUUCCGUUGGAAAUAUUUGAUCUAGCCAAUCUUUUGUUCGAUCUGAUAAUCAGUGUCGAGUUAUCAUUGGGAUAUGGAUGUGCCAUGCGUCUUAUCGCAGCAGCAAAACCAUGGUUCCCUGAUUUGGUUGUGGCCCUGGGAUCCACAUAUAUGCUGAACAAGAUCCAUGGAGAUACCUCUUUAACUGUGUCGGAUAUUUCGACCCAUUUUCCAUCAUGGCCUUCGGUUGUUGCAAGAAUGGAGGUAGACGAACUCUCUGAAGAUUGUUCUGAAGAGGAGGAUGAGAGCAUCUCUCAAUCUGAGAAGUACCCAGCAUUUAAGAAGGUAAUGCAAACGGUACUCGUUCUGCUGAAAGCAAAUGCUAAUCUACUUGAUGCAGUUGGAAUGAUUUUCUUGGCUGGUUCAGUGAUCGGGCUCGAGAGGGAUAACGACGGCCUUGUGUCGGGACUCUUGCACUUUGUGAUUGCAAAGCUAGUUGGGCAAGAAAAUCGACAUUGGGAUCAACUUGAUACAAUGUUGGCUUCUCUUGAUCAAAUCUAUCUUCCGAUUGAGAAAAAGCUUGGAGAACAAAUUUCAGGGUAUAGACAGAACCAAUUGAAUGCUGCUCGGGCUUUGCUUGAACCUGUUUGGAUGAAUCAUCAUAACUUUGAAAGUGGGAGGUUUUCUGAGAUGGAUGAACAAUAACGGGGCGUAUGCGCAACUUGUACAGAGAAUUACUCUUGGUCUCCAGACUAGGGAAGUUUGUCAAAUUGUAAGGCGGGAUAAGUUCCCCAAAGCUUAUGAGAAUUUUGUUGUCGU